AUGGUUCAAGAUACUCUCGAGACCGCGCAACAUUUCAUCUUCGUCACGCAAGUUUACUUCUGCGCGAUGUACGCCGUCGUCAUAUGGGAUUGGGUCAUCAGUCUCCCUCGAGAAUACCGUUUCAUCUGGAGAACGUCCAUCACACCCGUCAAAUGCGCCUACCUCUUUUGCAGGUAUUGGGUCAUAGCUACGGUCCCUUACCUUCUCUAUUGCUUCGUCAUGGACCAUACGUGGGAUGAAUGUGAGAGGAUAUAUAAGAUCCCAGUGGCUCUGGCACUCUGGAACCAGGCUGGGUCGGAAUCCGUCCUCCUCAUCCGCACCUAUGCCUUCUUCAAUCGGAGCAGGCUCGUUUUAGGCCUGCUCUGCAUGGCUCUUGGCGGCGUCAUUGCGUACCAACUCUAUGUCGAUACUUCGCAGAUGCUCGUUCUUCAGUUUGUUACUCCACCAUUCCAACUUGGACCAUGCUUCCCCGAGUCGAAGCCACACUCUGCACAUCUCCUUGGUUUCUUCAUCGCGCCUCUGCUCUUCGACACCGUCGUCACCUCCAUGACCGUUUGGAAGGCCAUCCAGAUCCGCCGUCGUAAUGGAGGCCCGAGCAGCCGUCUCAUCCAGACUUUCCUUCGUGAGGGCGUCUUCUACUAUCUCUUGAUCUCAAUCGCCAACCUGAUCAACGGUAUCUUCUACCUACAGCCUCGUCAAGUCAUCUCAGCCAUCAACAUCCCUCUCAGCGUCAUGCUCAGCCCUGUCCUCGCCUGCCGUCUCAUCCUCGAUCUCCGCGAACGAGGCGCCGAAACGAUCCCCCACUCCGAAGGCACCAUCCCCGCCUUCACCACCUCUCCCAACCGGAUCUUCGGCCUCCGUUUCCGCGCCGACAGCAACAAUUCUGGUGGAAGUCCUCCCCGCGGACUCACCUCGCACGGCUCGCGCGGUAACCUCGGUUCGCCGACUUCGAAUCUCGUGAGGUCGCAUCCCCGCGCGAAGACGACGACGAUCAAUUCGGGGGUGAUGCUUACUACCAUUGGGAGCGUUAAUGUUGGUGUGACGACUACGACUAGGACCGCAUCCAGUCUAGGACACGGACACGGACACGGACAUGGGUAUGAGCGUGCGAUUUAUAGUGGCCCGGAGGGGGGCAUGGGCGGGGUGGGCGAGAACGCGAUGGAGAUGGAGCUGGAUGUGGCGGAUGAGUUGAGGUAUCAGACGAGGAGUAAGAGUAAGAAGGAGAGGGAGCAGGAGAUGGAGGAUGAGGCGGCGUUUAGGGCUGUUGAGAUGAGUUUGGGGAUUGGGUUGGGUGGGGCGGUGGAUGGGAUUAGGGUCGAUGUGGAGAAGAUGAGCGAUGCGAUUUGA